AUGGAGAUCCCCAUCAUGUUCGAAGAGAGCGAUGCAGUGGAAGGCCAUCAUGACGGCCUAGUAAUUUCGCUCCCAGUUGCUAAGGAACAUGGAAGCUCUGCAAACAUCAUCAUGCUUGAUACCUUGAAACACAUGAACAUCGAUGAAAAGAACAUCAUCAUCAAGUCAACAAUGCUAGUAGGAUUCAGUGGGGAAACCAAGAAGACAAGUGGGGAGAUCACAUUAGCCACCUAUGCAAAAGGGGUCAAUUUACAAGUCAAGUUCCUAGUGAUCGACACUCUAUCAUCGUACAAUAUUAUUCUAAGCAGACCAUGGAUACAUGAGAUAAGAGCCAUCCCCUCCACGUAUCAUUAA